ACCCCCAAAACAAAUCUUAAAAAAAAUAAAAAAACGAGGACUGUGCCUUUAAAUAUAGAUUGUCUCCCAGGUAAAUUCAAACUGUUUCAUGAGUGUCGAGCUCCUACAGGCAGAAGGGGUUACUGAAGCAAUCUGCACUACAACUACCUCUACCCACAAAUUCCUCGAAUGUAACCCUUUGAAACCACAAUUCCCGGCGUGCAACUCUCAACUCUGACGCGUCCUCCAGUCAUCAACUAGCCGUGGGCUACUAACAACUAAAGCGGGUCUACAAGAGGCAAUCUCCCUGUGCGGACGAACAGGGAACAGAGCUGUCGAUAGCAUCAGUCCUAGUACUAGUUCUGCACCGGUUCAGUGAUUUAAUAGGACUUAUAUCACGCCGACUGCCACUGAAAAUACAAGGGAUCUUUGUGUGUUUUGGCGUCCUGGUGCUGUAACGUCAUCGCGUUUGCUUAGAGCUGUAUUCUUUUUGCGCGCUCGUCUAAAAAUAUACUGAGGAUUUCCGUGCGAUCAAACAACGGUAACGGGCAGGUUGUGGAAUUUGUCAAACUGGAGAAAACCUCAAAAUAUUGCAUUCGUGUAUUUUCUUAUUCCUGGUUAUUACCAAAUAUAGUCAGCGAGAUUUAUUGGUGCUCUGUCCUUGCUUUGCGCGUCCUAUAAUGGUCCGGGUGAAGGUUGCCAAAGUUUAUUAUUAAAUUAUGCUGAGUUGAUGCAAAGAAAAUCUAAUCGACCAAUCUUCCAAGUUGGUCCUUCUGUCAUCCGAUUCACAGUGUCCGCCUGUUGCGCUUUGUUGCCUCGCAAACUUUCUGUCGCUUCCUUAAAAUCUACUUUAUUUUGCCAAGGUGGCUAUUUUGUAGCGAAUGAUUCAGGUGCUGCAACUGUAAGUCAAUUUGUCAUCGUCUGCAAACAUAGGCCAUUGUUUGCAUUGGGACAUUUUAAUCGUUGCUUUUAUGUUUCAAUCACUAAUUUAUUAAGACGCAACACUUUAGAGCUAUUUUAAAAUAGAUAAAAUAUCGACAGGCCACGUUUCGAGGACACUUUUUCUUCGUUUCCUUAUUCUCACCAUUGGUGAAAUGGCUUCCCAGGGCAUUUUUUCAGCCCAUGCUGGCUCAAGUUCAGCUAAGUUUUUGAUUGUGCUACUGUAUGUAUCCGCCAUGGAGGUUGGAUGCAGUGAGCAGGCUUUGCCAUUUGGACAGACUUCGGCCUCGAUGAACCUCCAGUCACUGAUCAAGGAGACAGGAGAGGCAACGCGCCAGUACGUGGAGUCCAUUGUGGGCACCAAUGUUGUCGAAACAGGUUUGGAGAAUGCUGUUGUGUACCUUGAAUCUGUAUUUGGUCCAGAGAACAUCUAUACUGUGACCAUGUUCCUGGAGAUGUUGCUGCAGUUCUUGGCGGAGGGUGCAGCCAGCGGACUCAACGUCAUUGCUGUGUACGUCUCCGAGAUCCUCAGAGCCACUGGCGUGGACGACAAAUUUCCUUUCCCACAUUUUACUCCAGAGGGUGUGGCCUCUGUAGCGAAGUGGGCUCUCCUGGCCCUCAUUGGCUACUGGCUGCUAUCUGUGGUGCUGCGAUUGGCUCUGUUGGUGUUGAGGCGAGUGUUCUGGUUGUUGAAGGCCGUCGCUGUACUGUGGCUCUUUGGGCUGAUCGUUAGCGACACCAGUGCGACCACAGACGCCACAGUAAUGCGAUUGGCUGCUCUGGUGCUGGGCUACGCUGUGAUUGGCUUAGCUACGGGCGGCAAGGAGGUGGUUGGCGUAGAGACACGCCUUAACACACUGGAGGGGAAACUCAAAGCCAUAGAGAAGAAGAAGAUGGAUUGAAAGAGGAGACACCAUGAUGGCCUGCAAAGGAGAUUCAAUUGGUGGUGGUUAUGAGUGUGGGUCUAGGGACAAGGACUGUGUGUGUGCGUUUCUUUUAUCGUGUUAUGAUAAAGGAGCCCUUGGGGUGCUUUUAGCUGUGUGUGGUUUUCAUGUUUAAUUCCUCGGGUCAAGGGGAGUCACAAAUGGCGUGUCUUGUAAACAUGGAUUUUUGAUGAAAAUUAUACCCAGAGGCAAUGACCCUAAGUUGUCGGUUCUAAAUGUGUUAUUUCUAUGAACUGUAUACUGUUAGUCUAAGAUGAAUGCACAGUGUUUGUUACAGAUGAUUAAAUUUGUAAAAAUGAAUCUGAA